AAUUGGAAACGCAAAAGAUGGUCUCUUCCGCUUUCUCAGUGGAAGUGUUAAAAACAAAGUUAUAUAUUUAAGCUAUUGUGAAAUUGUGAAAUUUACCACCUUAAAAUGAACAUGAGUAAGGGCUGGUUGGAGUUGGAAAGUGAUCCAGGUUUAUUCACAUUGUUAUUAGAAGAUUUUGGUGUAAAUGGUGUUCAAGUAGAAGAGAUCUAUGAUUUACAGAAGAAAAUUGAUGGACCAGUUUAUGGGUUCAUUUUUCUGUUUCGGUGGAUAGAAGAACGAAGAUGUAGAAGAAAAACAAGCACUGAAGUUGAAUGUUUCGUUAGAGAAGAAGACACUGUUAAUAGUAUAUUUUUUGCUCAACAGAUUAUACCCAACUCUUGUGCUACUCAUGCACUGCUUAGUGUUCUGCUGAACAGUAAUAAAGUUUCACUUGGUGAAAAUUUAAAUCUUUUAAAACAGUUCUCAGAUAAAAUGAGUCCGGAGAAUAAAGGAUUAGCUAUAGGAAAUAUGCCAGCUUUGGCCAGAGCUCACAACAGCCAUGCAAGACCGGAACCACGUCAUUUACCAGAGAAACAACCUGGACUGUCGACAGUAAAAACAGGAGAAGCUUUUCAUUUUGUGAGUUAUGUUCCUAUCAAUGGCAGUCUAUUUGAAUUAGAUGGAUUAAAACCGUACCCUAUUGAUCAUGGUCCUUGGGAGAAAGAAGAGGAGUGGACCGAAAAAUUUCUACGUGUUAUAACGGACAGACUUGGUAUGGCUAAAGGAGGGGAACCAAACAAUGAUAUAAGGUAUAAUCUUAUGGCAGUGGUUCCAGAUAAAAGACAGUUAUAUGAAAACAAAUUAAAAACUUUGAAAACUAAUCGCCAGAUUGUUCUAGAGGCCCUUCAACAGUUAUUGGAUCCAAAGAUGGUGAAAGUAACAAGUUCAUCAAAUACAGCCAUCCACAAAGAUAAUGGAUCACCAAAUGAAUAUAGCAAACAAAAAGAUAUAGACAUUUCUCAAUCAAAUGAAAAAACUCUUUUAAAUGAUAAUGUAAAUACACCACUGAUUAAAACAGAAGUUGAAUCUACCCUUGAUGAUCACAAGAUGGACCAAACAGACGCAAUCUCCAUUAGGUCGGUAUCAGAACAUGUUUCCAUGGAGACAGAUGUGUCUGCCAGAAAAUCUACAGAUACGACAGAAUCAAGUGUUAAAGAAAAGAAUGUUAAAAUUCAAAUAUCAGUUUCAGAUGAAAACGAUGGAAACAUUACCAACACAAUACCAAGAACUGUUUCUUUAACAGAUGUUACCAAACCAUUAACUAUAGAAACAAAAUUUGCUUGUGGGUCAGGGCCAAGUAGUGAAAGUACUGACACAGCAUCAGAAGCAGGCAGUGGUUUCAGUUCUCCUGGAAGUUUCCAUAUUCCAUCUUGUCAAAGCAGUCCCCAGUUCUUAAAUGAAGUAACAAGUAGUUCAGAUGCUUGUACUAUUGAUCAGUCUCAAACAGAAGAAAAGAUGGAUGUUGGAGAUGGGAAAAUGGCAUCUCUUAAAAACAAACAUAAAAGUAGUAAUCAUAAUGGAUUCAAACCAAAGGAUUUAGUGUCAUUGUUGAAAAAUGUGGAAAAGGAGAUUAAUACCUGUGAAACAAAUCUCAAGGAAGAAAAUGAAAAGAGAAAAAAAUACAAGAUUGAUGACUGUAGAAGAACACAUAACUAUGAUGAGUUUAUAACUCUGUUUUUAUCAAUGUUAGCCGAACAAGGUUUAUUACACAGUUUAGUAGAAGAACAUGUUAAUAAUAAAAAAAGGACAAAUAUUGGACGUUUACAAUCAAAGACAUUGACAAGUGCUGAUAAGAAAAGGCGUACAAAAACUAAAAAACGACGUUAAAUUGUGAGGAAAUGUGUUCUGUAAAAAUGUGUACAAAAUGUAUGUUAAUUGUCACGAAUUAAAGGCUUUAGAUUUUA